GGACGAUACGCCGAACGUUACCCUUUCCUACACCCCUGUAGUUUAACAAUUAGUAUUCGUCGGCGUAACUUCAAUUCUACCGAAUAACAAAGCCGAUACUCGCUGUAAGCAUGAACGCCACACUUCUUUCAGGCUCCCAAUCAGGCGUUGUUAGCCGUCAGGCUACAAGCCGCCGACAGCAGCGCCUCGCGGCCCCCGUGUCGCGUGUUGGCCCAUGCCGCCCUGUCGCCACCCUUGCUGCGCCAUCGCCGGCGCCAACUCCUAGCCAGGCGCCUCAGGCUGCUCAAGCACCUGCCAAGCCAACCAAGCUGGAGCUGUCUGAGUUGACCGCCGUCAGCCCCCUGGACGGCCGCUACGGCCGCAUCAGCGCCCCGCUGCGCUCCAUCUUCUCCGAGUACGGCCUCAUCCGCUUCCGAGUGCUGGUGGAGUGCCGCUGGCUGCAGCAGCUGGCCAGGAUACCGCAGGUGACCGAGGUGCCCCCCCUGAGCCCCGAGGCCAACGCCAUCCUGGACCACCUGUGCACCCCCGAGGGCUGCACCCCCGAGGUGGCCAUGCGGGUGAAGGCAAUCGAGCGCACCACCAACCACGACGUUAAGGCAGUCGAGUACGUGCUCAAGGAGCACUUCCGUACCAACCCCGAGCUGGCUGCCGUACUGGAGUUCACCCACUUUGCCUGCACCAGCGAGGACAUCAACAACCUGAGCCACGCGCUGAUGCUCAAGGAGGCCGUGCAGGGCCAUGUGCUGCCCGCCAUGGACGCGCUCAUCUCCGAGCUCGCCCGCCUGUCCUCCGAGUUCGCUGCGGUGCCCAUGCUGAGCCGCACGCACGGCCAGACCGCCUCGCCCACCACCAUGGGCAAGGAGAUGGCGGUGUUCGCGUACCGCCUGUCCAGGCAGCGGGCGCAGCUGGCGUCCGUGCCGUUCUUGGGCAAGAUGGCUGGCGCGGUGGGCAACUACAACGCCGCCAUGUCCGCCUACCCGGAGGUGGACUGGCAGGCGGUGGCGGCGGAGUUCGUGCCCUCGCUGGGUCUGGAGUUCAACCCCUACGUGACGCAGAUCGAGCCGCACGACUACAUCGCCGAGCUGUACGGCGCCAUCAUCCGCUUCAACAACAUCCUCAUUGACUUUGACCGCGACGUGUGGGGCUACAUCUCGCUCGGCUACUUCAAGCAGCGGACCAUUGCUGGGGAGGUUGGCAGCAGCACCAUGCCGCACAAGGUCAACCCCAUCGACUUUGAGAACUCGGAGGGCAACCUGGGCCUUGCCAACGCCGUGAUGGACCACCUGGUCAACAAGCUGCCCGUCUCCCGCUGGCAGCGCGACCUCACCGACUCCACCGUGCUCCGAAACCUGGGGCUGGGGCUGGGUCACGCGCUGCUGGCGUACGCCUCCAGCCUCAAGGGCAUCAGCAAGCUGCAGCUGGAUGCAGCCCGACUGGCGGCCGACCUGGAUGGGAGCUGGGAGGUGCUGGCGGAGCCCAUUCAGACGGUCAUGCGGAGGUACGGCGUCCCCGAGCCGUACGAGAAGCUCAAGGCCUUCACCCGCGGUCAGCGUGUGACGCAGGACAGCAUGCGCACAUUCGUGGCGGGUCUAGACGGGCUGCCGGCGGAGGCGGUGGAGGCGCUGCAGGCGCUCACACCCGCGACCUACAUCGGGAAUGCGGCGCAGCAGGCGGCGGACAUCUA